CACACACACACACACACACACACACACACACACACACACACACACACACACACACACACACACACACACACAGGAAUUCUGGGAAAACAUGGCCGCUUCCGGUAUUUGUAUGAGGUUCAGUUUAACGUUGCGGGGAAGUUAAGUGUUAAUGACGGAUUAACAGACAGACAGACAGACAGACAGACAGACAGACAGACAGACAGACAGACAGACAGACAGACAGACAGACAGACAGACCCGUGUGAUGGAACAGUGCAGCAGUGAGGAGAGUUUAAACUCCAGGCAGCUCAGCGCUUACAGCCUUAGCAGCAGUACGUCUCGGUCCGAGCGCUGUUCCCCUGCCAGAACCCCCACAACACCUGGUUCUGAACCAGACAGCAGCACACCACAAAGUCAGGUAAAAGGGAAAACACCUGCUAAGGAGGAGCUGGAGUUGUUAGUGAAUGAAUUUGUACAGAUUGAGGCUAAAGAUGUGACCUACAUCUGUCCAUUUGUGGGAGCCUUACAUGGCACUCUGACCGUCACCAACUACAGACUGUUCUUCAGAUCAGUCAGCCGGGAGCCCGUGUUUGUAUUGGAUCUCCCUCUUGGUGUGAUCAGCAGAGUGGAGAAGAUCGGAGGAGCUUCUAACAGAGGAGAUGUCUCUUAUGGCCUCGUCUGUAAGGACAUGAGGAACCUGCGGUUUGUUCAUAAGCAGCCAGACGAUUCGUUAAAGAAGUCAGUGUUUGAUGUGAUCAGCAAGUUUGCCUUCCCAAUGUCCAACAACUUGUCUUUAUUUGCGUUUGAGUAUAAUCAGGUUUUCCCAGAAAACGGGUGGAGGGUGUAUGAGGCUCAGGCGGAGUACAAGAGACAGGGUCUGCCCAAUGAGAGUUGGAGGAUUUCCAAGGUGAAUGAUCGCUAUGAGUUGUGUGACUCGUAUCCAGCUAUACUUGUUGUCCCGGUAACUGUUACUGAUGAUGAUCUUCGCCGCGUUGCCCCUUUUAGGGCCAGAGGUCGUAUACCGGUGUUGUCAUGGCUGCACCCCCAGAGUCAGGCAGCAGUGGUACGGUCAGGACAGCCCAUGUCGGGGGUUAGUGGGAAACGUUGCAGAGAAGAUGAGAAGCUGCUACAGGCCAUAAUGGAUGCCAACGCACAGUCUCACAAACUCUUUAUCUUUGAUGCUCGACCCAGCAGCAAUGCUGCCGCUAACAAGAUGAAGGGAGGAGGGUAUGAGAGUGAGGAUGCAUAUCAGAAUGCUGAGCUCGUCUUCCUUGAUAUACACAACAUCCAUGUGAUGCGUGAGUCAUUACGGAAACUGAAGGAGGUGGUCUACCCCAACAUCGAGGAAUCCCAUUGGCUGUCCAACCUCGAGUCCACUCAUUGGCUGGAGCACAUCAAGAUGAUAUUAGCAGGUGCAGUGAGGAUAGCGGAGAAGGUGGAAUGCAGUAAGACGUCGGUGGUGAUCCACUGUAGUGAUGGCUGGGACAGAACAGCUCAGCUCUCCUCUCUCUGCAUGCUGAUGCUCGACUCACACUACAGGACCAUCCGUGGAUUUCAGAACCUCAUUGAGAAAGAGUGGGUCAGCUACGGACACCGCUUCCAGCAGAGGGUGGGUCAUGGUGAUCAGAACCAUACUGAUGCUGAUCGCUCCCCCAUCUUCCUGCAGUUCAUUGACUGUGUGUGGCAGAUGGCACAGCAGUUCCCUGCAGCAUUUGAGUUUAACGAGUACUUCCUGUUGACGUUGCUGGAUCAUCUUUACAGCUGUCUUUUUGGAACGUUUCUGUUUAACUCAGAACAGCAGAAACUCUCUGAGGAGGCACAGAAGCGCACUGUCUCGCUUUGGUCAUUUAUUAACAGUCAGUGGGAGGAGUUUGUGAAUCCUUUGUAUGUUCACUACGACACACACGUGCUAUUUCCCUCCGUCUCCAUCCGACACCUACAGCUUUGGACCUCCUACUACAUUCGCUGGAACCCCCGCCUCAGACCACAAGAGCCAUUGCAUCAGCGCUAUAAAGAGCUGCUUGCUAAAAGAGCGGAGCUUCAGAAACGAGUGGAGGAACUUCAGCAUGAAGUAGCCAGUCGAGGAUCUCCUGAGAAGGCGGGGUCACCCACUCCCCCCACUCCCCCCACUCCCACUAUACAGUCCUUUAUAUGAUUGACUAUUUAUUUGUCUGCCUCUCUGUGAGUUUCUGCCUCUUUGCCUCUUAUCCUGUCUCUGUGACCAGUCUAAACUAAACACACUAAUAUACAAAGCUAAUGUAGCGUUAAACUCUAACACAUAAUGCCUUAUUAACACUACUUACUGAUCAGUACUGUAGGAUUUAGUCAGAUUUGUGUCGUGACAUACGGCUAAGUACCGUGACACACACUCAGAAUUUGUUCUCUGCAUUUAACCCAUCCAAAGUGCACACACACACACACACACACACACACACACACACACACACACAGCAGUGAACACACACACAC